AUGAUUAAUUCACUAUUUAUAUACAGUCCAAGAGGUGAUUUACUCAUAACCAAAGUAAUCAAAGACUCAGUCAGAAAAACAUCUUCACUUUCUGAAGUAUUUCGUAUUCAAAUAAUCAGUGAUAGUUCGGGGGUUAUCAGAUCUCCAAUUUUAACGCUAGGUUCCACUACCUUCCAUCAUAUCAGGAAAAAUAAACUUUGGAUUGUUGCUGUCACGAGAAAUAAUGUGGAUAGUGCAUUAAUAUGGGAGUUUUUAUUUAGAUUUUCCAAUUUAUUGGAAAAUUUUGGGAUUAAUAAUGAUGAUUCAGUUCGUGACAAGUUUACUUUGGUCUAUGACUUACUACAUUGCAUUUUAAGUAUCGACGGUGUUCCAUACGAUACCGAAUUGAGUAAUAUUUGUUCCAAACUAGGUAUUAUGCCAGUAAAUAAAAACGUAAUAAGUGGUAGCAGUAACGGCAGUAGUACGGCUGAUAGCAAUGGUAUCAGCAUUAAUGGCAGUAAUAGCAAUAUUAUGAAUAGUGGUAAUAACAGCAACAGCAGUAAUAAUCGUAGUAUUGAUGACAACGAUUUUUUCAGUUCAUUGAAUCCAAAGAAUUUUGGGAAGUUUCUUGAUAGGAAAUCAAACAGCAAUUCUUCUUCUAAUACUGCUUUGAACAGUUACAAUAAUACCACUUCUGAUAUACCCUGGAGACCCAAUUUGGAUAUCAAAUAUAAGAAAAAUGAGAUAUUUUUAGAUAUCAUUGAGAAUAUAAACAUUUUAAUUUCUAAAGAAGGGGAUAUUUUAAAGUCUUACAUAGAUGGUGUCGUUGAAAUGCAAUGCAAAUUAUCGGGUAUGCCAGUCGUUCAGUUAAAGUUAAAUGAUGAACAACAACAACAAAAAGCUGACGACUUUGAACAUUACUUAGAUUUGGAUAUGAAAAAAAGGAAAAAGGGUAUUCCAGAUUCGGCUGUUAAAUCAGUUCAUUUGGACGAUUAUAAAUUUCAUCAAUGUGUCCAAUUAAAUAAAUUUCACACUGAUUGCUCCAUAACAUUUGUUCCACCGGAUGGUAAUAUCGAGUUAAUGACGUACCAUGUGAAAGAGUACUUGAAUUUACCAUUUUCCAUUCAGCCAAUUGUAACUUCCAACUCAAGAACCAACUCAGUACACUAUAGCAUAUCGUUGAAGUCAUUGUUUUCAUCCAAAUUGAAUGCUACAGAUGUAGUUUUGAAGAUACCUUUACCACAAGGCACACUCGAGUGUAACAGUAAAGCAUCCAAUGGGAAAUGUAAAUAUUCUGUGGAAGAAAAGAUGUUUUAUUGGAGAUUUAACAAGUUUCGUGGUUCAACUGAAAAUAUGUUACAAAUGUCUGCAAGAUUAUCAGAAAACAUCAUAUUUGAUUUAAAUAAAUGGAAUAAACCGGCGAUUUCUUUGAAAUUUGAAAUUCUGAUGUUUACUUGCAGUGGACUAACGGUUAAAUAUUGCAAUGUCAGGGAAAGAUCUAAUAAUUAUAGAACAACUAAAUGGAUAAAGUAUAUUUCAAAGGCGGGAUCGUAUGAAGUUAGAUAUUAA